UUAUAUUUAAAGUUGUAUGCUAAAUUUUUUAUGAUGAUUGCUGAGAAUACGAAAGUUCAUGUUAAAAUACUAAAGUUUUUAUGUAUUAAAAAAUCACUUGGUACCCAUAUUAUCGUGCAAAGAUUAUAAGAAGAAAAUAUCUAUCGUGUGAUCUCUUGUACUAUAAAGGUCGUGUACUUUACACACACACACACGCACACACACAAGUACACAAUACAAUGCUUUAUUUCUGAGCUCAUAACAGAUAUAUUUAAUCUUUAUAAACUUCAGUGGCAUUGACAAUAAUGCAUUUUAGUAUGAAAAAACAGGACAAAUAUUUUUGACGAACUUAAAUAAGGACCUUGUAUCAAAUCACAGUAGAAAAUAAUUUCUUAUUAUCAGUUUAUUAUAUUAUAUUAUACUGUGUAUAUACUGUAGAAUCUAACAUCAUUUAGAAUUCUGAAGAAAGUUAUGGUUCAUUCGUGAAUUUGUUUCACGUACCACCAGUUGAUCUAUAUUUAUAUGAAUGUCUAUUAAUUUUAUAGGUUAUGUAUGAGCCAACAGAUGGCUCGUGUGUUUAUGCUACCUGUUGAUUUAACACAGCCGCGAAUAACGGUACACUGUGUAUUAUGUUAGUAAUUUGAUCAAUUUUUACUUUGCUCGAUCAUUUCUCUUAUGGAACUAAUAACAAGCAUCGGACAAGUCGUUGAUUGCGGCUUUAUAAACUAUUAUCUCAUGGUUUAAAAUGUACAUGUUUGAAAAUAUACUAUAUCCAAUUGAAUAAUAUCAAUGAUUUUGCAAUGGCUGCACCCAACACACGUAUCACCGAGAUACAUGUGUUGCAGUUUGAUUUUGAGGAGAAUUAAUAUUGUGAACAACAUGGAAAAUAAUUAAGAUUCAACAAUUCAAGGCAUAUUAUACACGUGGAAAAGUUUUAAUUUAAUGAAAUAAGUGAGCUUAACUAAGGUCAGAUACCAUGAUUAAACGUAAGAAUAGAGCAGAAUAGCUCUUGCGUUAUAGUUAAUUGUUGCCUUUGCAUUCUCACAGUCAAAUAAUUAUAUAUCUAUCUAGUUUUACAGUAAUACAAUGUGUCUUCGUCGCUUGAAAAAAAGAUCUGUAUUUUUUAUUGGUUUUGGGAUUGGCUUUAUUUUCCCAUUAUUGUUGCUCUUAUUGAGAAGAAUAUUUAUGAUUCAUCUGACACAACAUGAUAAAAAAUUGUGGCAGCCUGAAUAUUAUUUAUGCAAGAAGCCAUAUCAUGAAGAAAUUAUUUUACAACUUUGGAAGAAGGAGAAGAGGAUAUUUAGCUAUUUUAAUAUUACAUAUAACGCUUGGUUGGCAGAAAAAAAUUUAAGAUCGUACAAAGUUGAUCCGGACAAGUAUCUAUACAGUCCACAAAGAGGAAAUGUAAAAGAAAUAAAUAUAGAAUGGAAAUGGUUGUCGAAACAAGUUUCUAUUACAUGUGUUGUUUUUAUAGAAAAACUUAAAUUAGGAAAAUCAAUUCAAGCCACAUGGGGUAAACACUGUAAUAAUAUAUAUUAUUUUGGGCACCAUUUGAAGAACACAGAACUGCCUGUUAUAAAUGCAAGGACAAAGAUUGUGUCUUCAUGGCAAAUGCUGUGUGAAGCUAUGAAUUAUAUUUGGAAUGACAAAGCAGCGGAUAAAUUGAAAUGGAUUAUUUUUGUGAAAGACGAUACCAUGGUAAUACCAGAAAAUUUGCGUUACAUGGUCGCUCCAUUAGACUAUAGAGAUGAUUAUUAUUUGGGUCAUCCAGUAAUUAUGUGGAGUCAGCCUUACAAUGUUGCUCAAUCUGGAUAUGUUCUUAGUAGAGGAGCAUUGGCUAAAGUAGUAAAAAUGUUCAAUACUUCGGAAAAAUGUGCUGCAAGUGGGAAGUAUUGGAAAAAGGAAGAUUAUUACCUUGGGAAACAUUUGCUGUCUUUAGGCAUACAUCCAUCUGAUACCAGAGAUCAGUACUUAAGAGGUACUUUCCACGGUUAUUCUUUGCAAACUCUCUUGUGGGGUGUUAAUAGACCAGACAGCUAUUGGACACGUGCUGUAUAUCCUAUGAAGGGAGCCUGUUGCUCGCCGGUAUCUGUAACUUUCAACGCCGGUGAAUCUGAUAGGAUGCAUACAUUGUAUUAUUUAUUAUAUCACUUUCGUAUAUUUAUGGGCAAAGGCAGAUUCGGCAAUAUACCUGCUAAAGCUCCAAUACUCGAAACUGACGUGUGGAAAAUUGCACUGAAGGAAGAAUUCAACAUCACGCAUUUGAACGAUAUUACGAGCGACGCUUAUUAUGAGAUAUGGCAUUCAAAAUAUUCCGAACCGGGACAGCUAAGAAUUACUAAAGAUUAUCGAGUCACAUUAGAUUGCUUACUCGAGAAUCAUAACGAGAAGAGCAAAUCUAUCAACGGUUGUCUGACAAAAUAUGUUAUCGGCAAUACGAAAGCUUAAAUAAAUAGACCAUCAGAGAAAUGCUAGAAAAGUUGACAAUAUGAUUAACGCACAGUUGUUAUUACAAAGAAUAUAUAAAGUCAGUAUAUAACGUA